AAACGACUGUUCGCGAUUCCCAAGCAACGCCAUUUAUACCAACACGCUUAUUUAGUGAGGUGAUUGAAUUAAUUUUACCUGCUAAUUCCUGUUUACUCUGCGAGUCGUCGCAGAAGUUUACGUACAAUUCAGUCUUGAGUGUUUCAUGGCAAACCGACAAAGCUAUCCCGAUCUGGAUUCAGAAACCAACUACAUCCCUUCUCGCCUCGAGCGCGAGCCCGUCCCUUCACGCCGGGACCACCUGAACCCUACCACGAGGCCGCAACCUCGGGGCAUCGAACAGAGCCAACUUCCGGACUGGCUGAGGGAUGAGCGCACGACCGCUGUCGCCACUACCAGCGAGUCACAUUUCCAUCGCAAGAAAUCGAUUAGUCCGUGUUUCACCGCAAUGGAGAUGUGGUGUAUGUCAGAGCCCAAAAUCAACUCCUUUCUUUCCCUCCCAGACGGGUUCGCAGACAGCGCGACAUAUAAUGGCUCUGAUUUGGACACCAAGGUAGAUGUGACACGACCAGGCAAUCCCAGACAGAGAAGCCCAUGCUUCGACAGUCGCGAGAUGUGGAUACUCUCACAAAUGUGUCACCCGUCUGUAAAUGGAGGUUCUGAUUUCAAGGAAUUCACGCAAGUGUCAGACAAAGAACCAACGAACAAAACGAGGCGCGAGUGCUUAGAAUUUUACGAGGAAGACGAAAUCUUGGUGAUGUCGCCUUCAUUUAAAAAGAAGACAGUACCCUUAUCUGAUGAACUGUCAUACAGUCCCACUUACAUAGAUCAUAAUUAGCAAACUUAUUAGUACAAUAUUUGCUGACGAUGUAGAUGCCAUUAAAUGGGAAAUUAA